AUGUCCGUACUCCCGCACCACGGGGGCUCAUACCUCCAGCGGCGCCUCACGAAGCUGUACACCGACACCAAGGCUUCCUGUGAGAGCAUCACCACUGCCUCCAAUGCCAUCGAUAACCCCGAACUCGUUUCCAUCCACCGCGAAUUCAAGACGCAGCGAGAUAGACUUCUGGCAUGGGGUUUGAACUGGAGCGAUGCGAACGCCGCUCAGCCGAAUGAUAUCGACGAGUCGCUGACCCAGGCUGGGAUUGACGAUGUUGUGGAAAGUGUCAUGUCAACGAUCCAGGAUAAACUUAGCGAGGCGGAACGGUUGCAGAACAAGGGCGCCUCUGAUUUACCUCCGAAGGGAGGGAAAGCGGAUUCCCCUGCGGGAGAUGGCCUCGGUGGAUUUUCGAACAAGACAACAUGGACCAGUGACGAAAUUGCUCGCUCAAAAACGCUUCUGACCGAGCUGACGGGAUAUAUCGACGUUCUUUACGACGUUUCUGGUUCACGCCGCAAUAUGACCGCCAGCGCACAGCCUUCGGGUCGUACCCGGUCUUAUCCUUCUCCUCAGGUCGGCAAUCCUGGCGGUGAUGUCGGUCGCGAAAAGCUUCGAGAUUCCAAGGCGUAUCAUGGUGCGUCUUUUGAUAGUGCGCGGAAGCAUCAGAGUCCGCAGUCGUCGCUGUCGAAAGAAGCUUUGGGAUACUCUUCUUUCUCGAAUCUUCACGACAUUACUCAGUCGCCCGUCUUCGAACAACCCAUGUUAGAGAGAGCUUUUAAUAAAGCUGCUCCUGUUGAAACGAAGAGCUAUCUGAUUGACCGCUCGGCGCUGCAACUCACUGGUGCAUCCCACGAGAACAACCCGCCUCCGUAUGAGAUGGUCGCAGCUUCCACCAACUCUCGAGUUCUCGGCCGCAUGAAAACCUCGGCUAUACCCUUUCGCCACAAAAUCACGGAAUCUACCGUUAGCAUCCUUGUUGAAUACACUCCUAUGGUGCUUGAUUCGUCUUCCAAUCCACCUUCGCCUGAGAAUACGCGGCUGGACAACGUGCACCAGACACUUGAUCAGCUCGUCCAGAAUGCGCGGGUCUCUCACCUCGCACUAUUGAACUUCCUUGGGUACUAUAUCGACCGACCCAAUGCCCGCUACGCCUUUGUUUACCAAAUGCCUGUUGACUAUUUUCCGUUCCUCCAGAACCCUACCGAUCUUCUAAAUGACCUGAAGCCUAAGCCCUUGGUUUCGCUUCUCCAAAUGGGAGAAGACUUCCCUGUACCAAGCUUGGAGACUAGGUUCCGUCUGGCUUAUGACCUCCUCAUGGCUGUAAUGCAGCUCAGAAGUCAGAACCUUGUCCACGGAAAUAUCAACAGCAGCAGUGUUCUUAUUUUCCCCGGUUUGAACUCGAAUCAAAACGAAGUCGGACUCACUGAAAACCUUCGCCGUCCUUACCUCACAUCCUUCGCUCAAUUUUCGGGAAAUAACCCGUCUCCCGAACCACUUUCUUCGAACAUGUAUCGCCACCCCGACGACAAGAGGAUUAUCGACGACGAUGCGGCUUGGUCCUACGACCUGUACUCUCUCGGAUUAGUCCUGAUGGAAAUUGGCCUUUGGACACCCAUCAGCCGCCUUUGGAAGUUGAAAUACGACAAUUCUAUGUUCAAGCAUAGGUUGGAGAGUAUGUACUUGAAGAAACUGGGUCCCAAGUGCGGCAGUGCGUAUAUUCACGUGGUUCAACUGUGUCUUGAUGCCCCAAAUUUCCACCUCUCAACCCAGCCUUUUGACGAUUUCAACCUGAGAAUACCCCAGACAUUCCACUACCCGGUCUUGGAUCUCUCGGCACCAGAAGGCACUUUUUCGUUCUCUAUGAACUUUAUCUACACCUUGUGCAAAAUAGCUUGGUCUUGCUGCAGGAUUGACAUUUUUUCCGCCCCAGCCGCUGAAGAGUUGGACGAUUGUCUCCCCCUGGCACUUGUUCCUGGCUCCGAAGCAGACGCUGCAAAGCAGGCUGCACGAGAAUACGAGGGCCCCCAGCAGGUUACUCGAUUCCGUCAGCCAUUGGCCGCGGCUCCAGCUCCAGAGAUGAAGUUGAUGAAGGUUGGGCUUGAGGAAAGAAAGCUGAAGAAGCGGACAUUCAAGAAGCUCACAACCGUCGAGAUCCCUCAACAUCACCUGGACGAAUGGAACUUCAAAAUGCUGCCAAAGUUGAGAAAACUGCUGCAGAGGAUUUUGAAGGACUCGUCAGAGUCUUGUGGUGUUACUCUCAUGAUGGCUGGCGACGGGUUGGAAAACGCGAGAACCACAAUCUUCGUGACUUGCGCGAGUGUCAAAAAGGUCAGAGCGGCGUUGAAGAGGUACUUUCCCCUCGAAGACAAAGAGGAUUGGGACCUGAUUGUGCUCCGCGGAGACAUUGAGCGCUCGAAAGUCCCGCGAAAGAAGCGUCGUCGGCCUGCGAGGACUGGUCCUCAGAGCACCCUUGAAGUUCCUCCUUCUCCACAGGACCCGAAUCCCUGCUUUCAGCCGAGGCCUCUGUGUGGUGCAUCUAUGGGCGCCUUUAUGAACGAGGAACAUUUUCCUCCGGUGUCUUACGGAGGUGCGAUCUUAGUUGAUGGCAUUCCCUAUGGUAUGACAGUCCACCAUAUGCUCGAGGCUCCUAGCGACCAAGAGGAUGCGGAGGACUUACAUGAAGCUCUGGAAGAAGCCCCUCUCCGAUCGUCGGCUGGAAACUGGUCUCGCGACAUGGCCGCUCAAAAUGCGCAGCCCAUGUACGCAUGGGGUGAUGAUGCUUCCUCUCAGCACAGUCUCGAAUUCGAGGUUUCAGAUGACGAGGAUGGCGAUGACUACUACGAUGACUUUGCUCUCUCUGAAGGCUAUUCAUCAGACGAGGGCGAGGACGACUUUGGUUACGAUGAUGAUGACAGAGCGUCAAUUGGUGACACGGCUGGCAUCGAACCUGGAGAAGAACCCCCGGUUUUCGUGACUCAACCCGCCAUUGAUGACGUUCGUGAAGAUUUCUUUCCAUGUCCUGAGGACAGAGACGACGAGCAUCUCGCUUCCCACACUUUCGGAUAUGUUCACGCUUCGUCGGGCGUUCGGCGCUGGACGCGACAGGGCGUCAAGCAUGAAAUUGACUGGGCUCUGAUCAAGAUCAAUCAGGAUCGUCUUGACGCGAGAAAUAUUGUCUACGACAAGCCAUCCGCAUCUCAGCUUGCGCAAGUAAGGCGACGACCGGGCGAGCCGAUGCCACCGCUGCAACGAAACCCCAUCCUCUUGAACGACAUAGCGCGGUUUGAGGAACUCGGUGGCCUCAAUGUCCACUGCUGCGGCCGGACCAGCGGAUUGCAAACAGGACAGAUCUCAAAGGCAUUGACCAUGGUGAAACUCCACGGCCGGCAUACUUUCUCCACAAGCUUUGGGGUGGACGGGAACUUUGGAGUUCCCGGUGAUUCUGGCGCUUGGGUCUUUGAAAAGUCCACUGGCCGCGUCUGUGGAGCUGUCCUGGCAUGGUCCGAGACACUCCGAAUUGCAUACAUUGCCCCAAUGGAGAUCUUGCUGGAAGACAUCGCUCGCACGCUCCAUGCCACAAAUGUCACGCUUCCAGGCAGUCCAGGUGAGUCUGUUGCCUAUGCCAUGCAGCAUCCUAUUCCGCCCAAUCCCAGAUACCUCCGUCCACCCCCAUUGCCGGAUCAACUUCACGUUGAUUUCAGCCGACAACUGCAUCUUGACGAUCCAAACGUUGGCACCGUGAACACCAGUCGUGGACUCAGAGACCCAUACCAAAAUCUACCUCCUAUCCUCACUCCGGGCCCGGGUCGUAAUCUGGAAAGACAGCUUGCCUAG